CACGCCCUUAUAGGGGCCCCCAGUGGUCGCAUGCAAGAAGCAGCUUGUGAGCGUCGGCGGCAUCCUAAGAAGUCCCACGGUGUUGGGGCGUGUAUAAUGGUGAAAACAGCCAGCAGCAGCAGCAGCAGCAGCAGCACAGCAGCAGCAGCAGCAGCAGCAGCAGCGGCAGUCGGGGCCACGUGCUUAGGGGGCGACCCAGCUGUUGUUGCUGCAGUUGUCAGCUUCCUCUCACAGCAGCAGCUGCUGCUGAGGUCUCUUUUCCAGUGCUUCUCCAGCUGCUUCGCGCUGCCGCUGCCGUGUCUGCUGCUGAUGCGGCAGCAGCAGAGCCAGCAGCUGCUGCAGCAGUUGCUGCUGCUCACGCUGCAGCACAUUGUUCCAGCAGCAGUUUUGCUUUUGAAGCAAGAGCAGACUACGGCAGCAGCAGCUGUAGCCGCCGUCCCAGCGGCCGUGUCAGCAGCCCCAGCAGCGCCCUCAGCAGCAGCAGCACCUGCAGCAGCAGCACCUGCAGCAGCAGCAGCAGCAGCAGCAAACUCGUGGGCGCACCCCUUGCUGCUUUCAGCCCUACGCUUCCUAUUGGCCCUUGCGCGGGUCUCUAGAGGCGAGCUGCUGCAGACAGCAGAAGGGGGCUCUCCGCCUCUUGUUGCUGCAUUUCGCCUGCGGCGUGUCCAGGUGCAGCAGCAGCAGCAGCAGCAGCAGCAGCAGCAGAAGCGGGCGAGGGUUGCGAAGCUUCCAAGCGGGGCCUCCUCCACAGCGGCAGCCGCAGCAGCAACAGCGCCAGCAGCAGCAGCCCCCCGUGCAUCGUCCGAUGCAGCGCCUCGGGCAGCAGCUGGGACCUGUGCAGCAGCAGCAGCAGCAGCAGAAAGGGAGGCAGCAGACGUGGAACUUACAGGGCUGCCAGCGGAGGAGAGAGACACCCUCCAAAGUAAGUUUCAGCGAGUGCUGCGCUGCUGCGCUGCAGCAGCAACACGGUUGCUGCUGCGGCAAUGCGACUAUUCGUUGCUGCUGCUGCUGAAGACCCACGCCAUGCGACAGCUGGGAUUACCUGCCGCUGGUGCAUGCAGCAAAAGUGUGUUUUUGGCUGCAGCAGAUGACAGCAGCAGCGAAGCAGCAGCAGCAGCAGCAGCAGCUGCUGCUGCUGCUGCAGCGCAGGUGCCGGGGGUCAAGGAUGAGCCUACAGAAGGAGCAAGCGCAUCGCAGCAGAAGCUGCAGUCGCAGCAGCUGCAGCAGCAGCUGCAGCAGCUGCAGCAGCUGCAGCAGCUGCAGCGCAUGCAGAAGCAACUUCUCUCCAGCUCACAACGCAGGGCCACAUGCGCAGAGCUGCUGCUGCACUGGGCAGCAGCGCUGCUGUGGGGCAACACUGGCUGCCUCCGCUGCAGCGGGAUCUCGCCGUGCUCGGGCCAUGCUGCAGCAGUGCGUGCUGCAGAGCAGCAGCAGCAGCAGCAGCAGCAGCAACAGGGGCUGCUGCUGCUCCAUAAUGAGCAGCAAAGGGGGGACGCUUGGGACUGUUCGGGAAGCGCUUGCAGCAGUGGACAGAGGCUUUUCGAGGACCCUUCAGUAGCAGCAGCUGCUGCUGCUGCGAAGCAGCAGCAGCAAGCAGAAAGGCUGUGCUGGCAGCUGCUGGGGACGCUGCUGCUGCCAGCUGCAGCAACAGCAAGGGAAGUGCCCACGGUGCUGGGCGUUGACGAGAAUAUGAUGCAGCAGUUUAUCCUGGAAGCAGCAGAAGGCAGCAACAGCAACAGCAACGGCAACAGCACCAGCAGCAGCAGCAACAGCAGCAGCAGCAGUAGCAGCAGCAGUGGCAGCAGCGGCAGCAGCAGCAGCAGCAAACUUCCUACCUGCAGCUUGCAGCCCAUCACCUCAGUCCCAGCCUUAGGGCUCUCCAGCUCUUGGAGCAUUAUUGCUUCUUUGCAUUUGCUGCUGGGGGUUUCGCUGCCGGCGGAGGCCACGGCAGUUGCUGCUGCGUGUGCUAGCAGCAGCAGCAGCAGCAGCAGCAGCAGCAGCAACGAUGGGGCUGGAGAAGACGCACCAGCAGCACCAGAGGCAGCGUUGGUGAAGACGGACAACAGCAGCAACAGCAACUGCAGCAGCAGCUCCACCUGUUGCUGCUGCUGCAUGCAGCCCUUGCGUGAAGACUGCUGCUGCAUAUCGGGAGGCACUGCAGCUUCUCGCUGCUGCCCUUGGGCGUGGCUGCUUCGCGAGUCGAUGCAACCGCAGCAGCAGCAGCAGCAGCAGCAGCAGGCCAGCAGCUGGUGCUGCUCCUGUGCUGCUGUGGUUUGGUAUGCGAGGCUGCUGGUCAACACAGCUGCUUCCUACCCUGCAGCAAUUAGCUUCCUGUCGAGCUGCAGCAGCUCGCGGGGUGUGCACACAAUUCUGGGUCCCUACUGGUUGAGCAGCAACAGCAGCAGCAGCUGCUGCUGCAGCAGCAGCGCCGUGGCCCAGCAGGAAGCAGCUGCGCCCGCUGCGCUGCAUGCGCCCCCGUUGCUGCUGCUGCACCCCUUCCAAGAGCUGCUGUGUGCGGCGAGCCAGGAGCAGCAUCUGGCAGCCCCUUUGCAGCAGCAGCAGCAGCAGCAGCCUUGGCAGCAACUGCAGCAGCAGGUGUCGCUGCCACUGGCUUCGCAGCAGCAGCAGCAGCUGCAGCUGCAUGCACUGCCUACAGCAGCUCUUCCCCCUAUAGUGCUGGCCACAGAAGAGCUGGCGCAGCAGCUGCUGUUUAUUUGCACAGAGCAGCAGCGGUUGCUGCAGCAGCAAGGCCCUGUGCUGCUCUCGGUGCUGCGGGCCAGGCUGCCGGCUGCUGAUUUGCUGCGGCUUGCAGCUGCGCUGCAGCAGCGCGACUGGGCCGAGCAGCAGGCGCUGGACCGGGACACAGCAGCAGCAGCAGCGCGCCUGCCGCAGCAGCAAAGCCUGCUGCUGCAGAUUGCUGCAGCGCAGCAAAAGGGAGAGCUGCUGCAGCUGCUGGAGCUGCUGACCCCCCCCACUCCAGUCCCCAUUCCUGUGGCUUCCCCUUCUGGGGGCCGGGCCCCCCCUCGCUUAGUGGGCGCAGCAGCUGCAGCAGCAGAAGCAGCAGCAGCAGCAGCUGCUGCUGCUGCUGCUGCUGACGCAGCACCUGCUGAGGUUCUCAUAGAAACUGGCGGCAAGGUAAGGGCUGGCAGCAGCGUCAGCUUCGGGGCCAGUAGAACUCGGGCCAAAACUACGCGCCGCAGCGUGAGGCCUGGCCCCAGCUAG